CUACCCCAAACUCCCCAAUUAAAAUAAAGCUUGAAAAACAAACCCAGCUUCCUUAUUGGCUUCUGGCAAACAUGCCCCUUGAUAAGCCGCUCUUCUCAUUCUUCCAAGGAAAGAAAGCAAGAACCACCAAGAAUUCUCGGGAUUACAGAGCGCUCAUAAAAGGGGCUGACAGUGCUGAUUAGACCAUUAAGGCAAGGAUCAAGAUCGAGCAGACAUGCCUGCUGGGAGCCCUCGCACAUUCCUCCUGCUGGUGGUCUUUGUCCUGGACAUCUUUGCUGAUCCCUGUGAGGGCCAAGAGCUGCGAUGUCAGUGUAUCCAGACAUAUUCUGAGUUUAUUUCUCCCAAAUUCAUUACAAAUGUCCAGUUAAUACCUGAAGGUGCUUACUGCAGCAGAAAAGAAGUCAUUGUCACAUUGAAAGAUGGGAAAAUAGUUUGUUUGGAUCCUGAGGCUGACUGGGUGAUGACUAUUAUCAAAAAGCUUAUCAGCAGGUAUAAUUAAUGCUAAGGAUUCUCAUAUUCAUAUUAUUUCUCUCACUGUAAUUAAAUACAUAUUUGGAAACAUAUACAGACUCUCCCAGUAGAUUAGAUAAAACUACAACAAGACUGUAACAAGUCUAUACCAAAGAAUCCAAAAACGUGGUCCUGGUCCCCAAACCAGCACAAUUACUAUCAUCUGGCUACUUGUCAGAAAUCCAAACCACUGAUGCACACCUUCUAUUUAACAUGAUAUCCAAGUUGGCCUAUAUAAUACUUAUCUCCACAGAAUAUAAAAGUGAUAUAAAUUGCUAGAAAUUGUCUUAUACAGACCAGCUAGAUCUGUAUAGCAAUAGAUCAUUUGAUGAAAUAAAUUUUAAGGAAAGAAAUAUCCCCUUUGAAAAACAAAAAUUAUUUCUGGCACAACAUUUGUAGAAACUAAACUCCAAAUAUAAUUUUCAAAUUGGUGGGUGGAGAAGAUGCGAUUAAGGACAGGCAGGUAAUGGGAGUACACUUGAAUUAAUGUCUGAAAAAAAUCAUACUAGAAUUUUUUUCAGGGAGAGAUCUUUCAAACAUAGUGGGUAAGAAGAGAGAGGUGAAUACUCAUAGUGGAAAAAUUAAGUUUUGUGCCUUUUUAAAUUAAAAAUAAAAAGGAAAACAAAUUAAGGGUUUGUGAAAGUUAUGAUUCAGCAAGAUCACCUUGGCUGUUGAAUGGUGUAAUGUGGUAGGAAGAGCUUGGGGUUUUGAAUCCUAUAGCUAUGGUUUAGUGUUCCAGAUCCACAGCUAUAAAUUACAUAAUUUGCAUAAUUCACUUAACAUUGGGGAUUUACUUGCUUUCAUUUGUUCUUAACUUUGCUCUUUCAUGGGAGAAGUAGAGAUAAUAUAUGUAAGGUGUUUAAUCAGGACUACUAUUAAUUUUCAACUUACCAAACACAUGGGCUUUUUCCUUUAUUUUUUAGGUAUUUUUUUCUUAUGAGGGACCACAAAAGGGUAAUCCUGUGCAUCUAUAUAAUAACAUGUCCCUCUGCUUCUAUUUUAGUGAUCUUAACUGAUGGCCACACAAAGAACAUCACAUCAUAUGGGUAUCAAGAGCCCUUGGUAUCAUUGUGAGCUUGGACAUCCUCCAGAGUUUUUUCCCACAAGUUUUUCUUCAAUUUAUGCUAAUUUAGGACUAGAAUGAACUGCUUUCUAUACUCUCUCUGGGAACCUCAGCAUUGUUUUCAAACACGUGACUGGCUACUUGGGAAGGGAGUAAUGGCAGGAGAGGUGAUGAAAUUUCCAUUGUGCAGGAAGGAUAAUCUCCCAAACUCAUACAGCAGGUGAAAGGUUUCCCUGGUAGGCUCAAUAUAUCUUAAAAGAUUCUAUCUCUUCCAUGCUGUCUCCUACCACCCUUUCAUCCACUUAACUUCCCAGUGGACUCUGGCAUUUGAUCAUUGUUUUGCUCUCUACCUCAUUCUUAUAUAUCAUCCUUAAUGGCAUCACUAUGUUUCUUUAUUAAGUUAUCAACAUCUAUUAACUUAUUGAGCCUCUUGAUUGCUCAAUCUUUUGAGUUCCAAAGGCUUUAACCUCCUCUCCAUUUCAGUCACUCACAACCUUGGAUCUCAGCAUAAAGUAAGGUUGUUUACCUACAGUCUUCAAAACUGAAAUACUUCUUCUAGGGGAAUGUGGAUAAAAUGAGAGUUCCUGUGGCCAGAAUUCUCACCUGGCCCUGGUUGACUAGCUCACUGCACACCUUUGGGCAAUACAUGGCUGUUGAUUCUGUAUAAAGAGCUCCGCCCAGUGCUCUGCACGUGACAUGGUGGCAGGGCUGCAAGGCUGCAGGAGAGCGGAGCAGAGGCUGGAGUGGUGGCAGCGCCAAGGACAGAGGCCCAGAGGCAGAGAUGGGCUUGCUGUGUGCAGACUCA